CGUCGUGCAAUUGUGCGUGUGAUAUUGCAAUGUGGAAUUAUUAACAUGGAAUAUCAAUUUUAAUGGUUAUUAUUAUUUGUUUCAAUGGAUUUAGUGUUGUGAAAAAGAAAUCAAUACAAGAAAUUUUUGUUUAUUGAACUAUGAUAACAAAAAUGCAACCUCAGGCGAAUGUUGCAGUGCCACAGUCUGUCACGACGCAGCCACAGCAAAUAGUUGGAGUCCCCGCAAACGCUGCUGUUAUUCUAAAAAUGUCAGAUAUAACGCAGAUUUCCACCGUUGGGCUUUUGGAGUUGGCUCAUCGAGAAUACCAAGCGGGUGAUUAUGACAGCGCAGAGCUGCAUUGUAUGCAGCUGUGGCGACAAGAUAAUACAAAUACUGGGGUUCUUCUCCUCCUAUCCUCCAUUCACUUCCAAUGUCGACGGUUGGACAAAUCCGCGCAUUUUUCUUCAUUGGCUAUCAAGCAGAAUCCUUUGUUGGCUGAAGCUUACAGCAACCUUGGAAACGUAUACAAAGAACGCGGUCAGCUUCAGGAGGCGCUGGAGAACUACAGGCACGCAGUGCGUCUGAAGCCGGACUUUAUCGAUGGCUACAUCAACCUGGCUGCGGCGCUGGUGGCCGCAGGUGACAUGGAGCAAGCUGUACAGGCUUAUGUUACUGCAUUGCAAUAUAACCCAGAUCUUUACUGCGUUAGAAGCGACUUGGGCAACUUGCUCAAGGCUCUCGGGCGUUUGGACGAGGCAAAGGCAUGUUACUUGAAGGCCAUCGAGACAAGGCCGGACUUUGCGGUGGCAUGGAGUAACUUGGGAUGCGUUUUUAAUGCUCAAAGCGAGAUCUGGUUGGCAAUCCAUCACUUUGAGAAGGCUGUUGCUUUGGACCCCAACUUUUUGGACGCAUACAUCAAUCUGGGAAAUGUCCUUAAGGAGGCGAGAAUUUUUGACAGGGCUGUGGCUGCCUAUCUACGUGCUUUGAACCUCUCUCCAAACAACGCUGUUGUCCACGGCAACUUAGCGUGCGUCUACUAUGAACAAGGACUCAUUGACUUAGCGAUUGACACAUACAGAAGGGCUAUUGAGUUGCAACCUAAUUUCCCAGAUGCAUAUUGUAAUCUCGCGAAUGCUCUCAAAGAGAAAGGACAAGUCGUUGAUGCUGAAGAAUGUUACAAUACUGCUUUACGGCUAUGUCCAUCACAUGCAGACUCCCUCAACAACUUAGCGAACAUCAAACGCGAACAAGGCUAUAUCGAAGAAGCAACACGUCUAUACUUAAAAGCCCUGGAAGUAUUCCCCGAAUUCGCCGCUGCUCAUAGCAAUUUGGCCUCUGUGCUGCAGCAACAAGGAAAACUCAACGAAGCCCUUAUGCAUUACAAAGAAGCCAUCCGCAUCCAGCCAACUUUCGCGGAUGCGUACAGUAAUAUGGGUAACACCCUGAAAGAGAUGCAAGAUGUUGCUGGUGCAUUGCAAUGCUACACGAGAGCUAUUCAGAUAAAUCCUGCGUUUGCCGACGCUCAUAGCAACCUCGCCAGUAUUCACAAGGACUCGGGAAAUAUCCCAGAAGCUAUUCAGUCAUACAGAACUGCAUUAAAACUCAAGCCAGACUUCCCUGAUGCGUAUUGCAAUUUGGCCCACUGCCUUCAAAUUGUUUGCGAUUGGACUGAUUAUGAGGCUCGUAUGAAGAAACUAGUUAGCAUUGUUGCCGAGCAACUUGAAAAGAAUAGGUUGCCAUCAGUUCAUCCUCAUCAUUCGAUGCUGUAUCCAUUGACACAUGAUUUCAGAAAGGCGAUUGCUGCCCGGCAUGCAAACUUGUGCCUAGAAAAAGUAACAGUUCUGCACAAGCCUCCAUACAAAUUUCCUCGCGAAUUGCAAGGUCGCCUGCGUAUCGGUUACGUUAGCAGUGAUUUCGGCAACCAUCCUACUUCUCAUUUGAUGCAGUCGAUACCUGGAUUGCACGACCGCUCCAAAGUGGAAAUAUUCUGUUACGCGCUGCAUCCUGAUGAUGGAACAACAUUCCGUUCUAAGAUUGCGAGGGAAGCAGAACAUUUCACCGACUUGUCGCAAGUAUCUUGUAACGGAAAAGCCGCGGACAAGAUCUACUCGGAUGGAAUUCAUAUUCUUGUGAACAUGAACGGUUAUACUAAGGGAGCACGCAAUGAGAUAUUCGCUUUGCGGCCGGCUCCAGUACAGGUCAUGUGGUUGGGCUAUCCUGGUACAAGUGGCGCGAGCUACAUGGACUACCUGGUCACUGACGCUGUAACGUCACCUGUAGAGCUGGCCAACCAGUAUAGUGAGAAGCUGGCGUACAUGCCUAAUACUUACUUCGUUGGCGACCAUAAACAGAUGUUCCCUCAUUUGCAAGAGCGACUUAUUUUGAGUGACAAGGUCAAGGGUCACAAUAACCUGGGCGGUGUUGCGGAUAACGUUGCUGUAAUUAACGCCACAGAUUUAUCCCCAUUGGUUGAAAAUACUGAUAUCAAGGAGAUCAAGGAAGUUGUUAGGGCAGCGAGGCCAGUGGAAAUCUCAUUGAAAGUGGCCGAAUUACCAACAACUACUCCCAUUGAAACAAUGAUUGCUUCAGGACAAGUUCAGACAUCAGUCAAUGGUGUAAUCUUACAAAACGGCCUAGCGACGACUCAAACCAACAACAAGGCCGCGACAGGCGAAGAAGUCCCCCAGUCAAUUGUAAUUACCACUCGCCAGCAAUACGGUCUUCCCGAUGACGCAGUCGUGUACUGCAACUUCAAUCAGCUAUACAAAAUCGACCCGCUGACUCUUCAUAUGUGGGUCUAUAUCCUGAAACAUGUGCCAAACAGUGUGUUAUGGUUGCUAAGGUUCCCUGCAGUUGGUGAACCCAAUUUACAGACUACUGCUCAACACCUUGGUUUACCUCCCGGCCGUAUAAUCUUCUCCAACGUGGCAGCCAAGGAAGAGCAUGUGCGACGCGGGCAACUAGCCGACGUGUGUCUAGACACGCCGCUCUGCAACGGACACACGACCAGCAUGGACAUUUUGUGGACAGGCACGCCUGUGGUCACGUUGCCGGGAGAAACUCUCGCCUCAAGAGUGGCAGCAUCUCAAUUGAAUACCCUCGGAUGCCCUGAAUUGAUCGCGCGAACAAGGCAGGAGUAUCAAGACAUAGCUGUAAGACUAGGAACUGAUAGGGAAUACUUGAAAGCAAUCCGCGCGAAGGUAUGGUCGGCGCGCACCGAAAGCCCCCUAUUCGACUGCAGGGCAUACGCCACUGGUUUGGAGAUGCUGUACAACAAGAUGUGGCUGCGGCAUGCGCGCGGAGAGCGCCCCGACCACAUACAGGCCUUAGAAAAAUAGACCAGGCCUUUUCCCGAGUGGACAGCUAAGAAAAGACGGUGCUAAGUGACAGUGUGGUGUGUUGUGGUACAAUAUCAGUGAGUGUGGAUUUAUUAUGGUAUAUGGUCAAGUGUUGCUGACACUCGAGCGCCUCUGGAAAGUUAUAUUUUAACUUUAGUAUUAGGACAACAGUUUUUACUAAAUGUAAACUGAUUUUGUCUUUUAUUGUGCAUAUGUAAGAGAGGCAUUAAAAUGGACAAUCCUUCACUACUUUUUAAAUGUGGGUAGUGAUAUGGGCGUAUGAGCAAAGAGAUAAGUUUGAAUAUUUACUGUAUUAUACUGUAUGUAUUAAAAAUUCAUGUUUAUUAGACAGACAGAGACAGUUAGAUAAAACAUUGGUUUUGCUAGUGACUGUGGCUGGUUGUUGUGUCAAGGUCCUACUUGGCAUUUCAUCUUCGUAGUAACUUUAUUAGAUCAUAGCUUUUGUAGUUAAAGUCUUACUUCGAACUUUUGACAAUCAAUGUAGGAUCGUUCUAAAGCAAUAAACUGUAAAAUAGCUAAAAAAUGUGGCCUUUGUAGAGUUCUGUAAUAAUUAGAUAACUACUACAUUUCUUGACUUUAUGUGAAUAUUAUGAUGUAUGGUUGAAAUUAACUACAAGAAAAUGUUAUUUUAAACUGGAAUAAACACGUCACCAUUUUAUGUAAAGACCGAAAUUUGCUCAGGGUUCAUUGUUUAAGAGUCAUCGACUCUGUGACUUUUUGCUGUCUUUUGCUCUUUUGACUUUUUAUCAUUGUUGCAGUGCUUUAGUAUUAAGCCUGUUCCAGAUUUUUAAAUGGUAAUGCUCGAUUUCAUAUCAACCCUGGAAAUUGACUUCUGACAAGUUUUGCGAUAGCGUACCCAGUCCUUUUCCUGAAUUUUAACUCCAUUUAAAAUCACCCCACUGAAAGAGCACUUCUACAUUAUUUGUUGUACCUUUUCAAUGUAUGUUUUGCUGCUGUAAUAGGACUUCACGUCGGAUUAUUUCCACCAAAGUAGUCUUCUCGUAAAACCAAUCAUAGCUCGUGAGUAUAUGCGAAAUUUUUUGGAGAAGUUACGCUAAUGUUGCUUUGGUUCUAGCUGCCACGUCCGGGAAGUAUUGACCUAAAUCCGUCCCCGUAUCAGACGUGACCCCCACCAAAGGCGGUAAGGUGAAGUCGGUCGUAAAAGUAGGCACUCAACCUGUUUCUAGUAAAGCCAUGGUGGCAGUGUAUAAUAGGCCUGUUCAGAUAUGUAGGCGUUAUUCGCUGCCACUGUGGGUAGCGAAAUCCGAUGGGUACACAGUAUUCCGUCUGUUCACGCUAAAU